GCUGGAGCUGUGGGUUGUGGGCCAUGGUUGGUUGGAUUGAGCCGGGCCGGGCUGGGGCGCCGAGCUGGAGGGGGUGGCAGUGAGCGGCGGCGGAGGCUGCGGGGUUCUAAUUGGCUGAUUGGGGAGUCGGCCGGCGGCAGCUUCGGAUCCUGCGGUCGGAUGCUGUCAGACGUAGCUUGUUAGUCUGGAAGGGAAGUCUGCGCAUAAAAAAAAUGCUGCUCUUGCUGAUGAUUGACAUCUGCUGCCUGAGACUGUAAACACCCUGAGGACAGCCUUUGUCCGAAUGAGAUCUGUCGACCUUCUUCUCUUCUAGUGGCUGUGGAAUCUCACCUCGGAAGUGAUGGGAAUGGCCACUUACUUUAUCCUGGUACAGAGAGGAGGUCCCUACUGAACUGUCUUCCCUUUGCUGGCCUUGUCUGCUGGAUUUCUUUUGGCCGAGCCAUGCGGGGCCAGCGGAGCCUGCUGCUGGGCCCUGCCCGCCUCUGCCUGCGCCUGCUUCUGCUCCUGGGCUACAGGCGCCGCUGCCCACCUCUGCUCCGGGGCCUGGUACAGCGCUGGCGCUACGGCAAGGUGUGCCUGCGCUCCCUGCUCUACAACUCCUUUGGGGGCAGUGACACAGCUGUGGAUGCUGCCUUUGAGCCUAUCUACUGGCUGGUGGACAACGUGAUCCGCUGGUGUGGGGUGGUGUUCGUGGUGCUGGUGAUCGUGCUGACCAGCUCCAUCGUGGCCAUCGCCUACCUGUGUGUCCUGCCGCUCAUCCUCCAAACCUACUCAGUGCCACGACUCUGCUGGCAUUUCUUCUACAGUCACUGGAAUCUGAUCCUCAUCGUCUUCCAUUACUACCAGGCUAUCACCACUCCACCUGGAUACCCACCCCAGGGCAGGAAUGAUAUCACAACGGUCUCCAUCUGUAAGAAGUGCAUUAACCCCAAGCCAGCCCGAACACACCACUGCAGCAUCUGCAAUAGGUGUGUGCUGAAGAUGGAUCAUCACUGCCCCUGGCUGAACAACUGUGUGGGCCACUACAACCAUCGGUACUUCUUCUCUUUCUGCUUUUUCAUGACUCUGGGCUGCGUCUACUGCAGCUAUGGAAGUUGGGACCUUUUCCGGGAGGCUUAUGCUGCCAUCGAGAAAAUGAAACAGCUCGACAAGAACAAACUACAGGCGGUUGCCAACCAGACUUAUCACCAGACCCCACCACCCACCUUCUCCUUCCGAGAAAGAGUGACUCACAAGAGUCUUGUCUACCUCUGGUUCCUGUGCAGUUCUGUGGCACUUGCCCUCGGUGCCCUGACUGUAUGGCAUGCUGUUCUCAUCAGCCGAGGCGAGACCAGUAUUGAAAGGCACAUCAAUAAGAAGGAGCGACGUCGGCUGCAGGCCAAGGGCAGAGUUUUUAGGAAUCAUUACAACUAUGGCUGCUUGGACAACUGGAAGGUAUUCCUGGGUGUGGACACAGGAAGGCACUGGCUGACUCGAGUGCUGUUACCUUCCAGUCACCUGCCCCAUGGGAACGGAAUGAGCUGGGACCCCCCUCCCUGGGUGACUGCUCACUCAGCCUCUGUGAUGGCAGUGUGAGCUGGAGUGUGUCAGCCACAACUUGAGCACCACCCUGCUUCCUGCGUUGCCUCAAGGGCCUCCAAGGAUAGCUUCUUGGAAUCCUUGAGCAAAAAGAGCCAGUGGGCCUGCCUUAGGGUACCAUGCAGAGACAGCUCAAGGACCAGUCUCCUGGCCGUUGCAGAAGCAAGGCAUGAUAUGGAAAAAUCCUAGGACUGAUGUCCCUUUACUCAGGCAAACGAAGUUCCAGCCCUAGACUGGAGAUCAGGCAGCUAGCAACCUUGCCGGGUACUGACCCCCACCUCCUCCAGCUUACAGCACUGGGGUUGGCCAUCACCUCUCCCACUUGUCGUCUGAGACAACACCUGAAUGGUAGAGCUGAGACCCUGGCUUCUCAACAGGGCAAAGAUACCAGGCCUACUGCUGAGGUCACUGCCACUUCUCAUGUGCUGCUGAAGGGAGCAAAAAUAAAGGUAUUUGAUUUUUUAAAGA